GAGAGGAGAUGUGGCCUCCCCCGGUGUCGGAAGGGCUCAGCGACACCUUCUGUGUAGUGGGGGCUUAGUGCUAACCGUCCUUUUCAGAUGACAGGCAGGAACGGGGCUGGGGUGGGAUCCUGGGAGCAGGGAGGCUGCUGCACGUGGACUUGGAGAGCCUGUCCCCUCGGUGACCUGGCCACCCCCGGCCCCCACGUUUCCAUGCUUCCGUCAGGCUGUCUCCUCUCUCCCUGUUUCUCUUACCGCAGCCUCUGCUCCACUCCACAAUUAUCUCUUGGCCUUGCUCACUCUCCUCCGUGAUUGCUUGAUAAAAAUAGUCAACCCCACGUCCUCCUCCGGGAGCCUGGGCUUCGCGGAUGGUCCGCUUUUCCAGCCUUUGCCACGUUCUCUCUGACGCACCUUUUGUGAGUGUUCAGACCCCUUGUCUGGGGCCUGGUGCAGCUCCCCCAGUGCCGACAAGCCAUGUCCCAAGAUGUUCUGAUGCCCACCUGUGAUUCUGGCGUUCCUUCAGACCACUGAAGAUGAAGGGCCUCCUCACGCUGGCUUGGUUCCUGGCUUGUACUGUGCCUGCUGUCCCAGGGAGCUUGCUGGACCUGAAGUCAGUGAUUGAGAAAGUGACUGGAAAGCCCGCCCUGGAGAACUAUGGCUUCUACGGCUGUUACUGUGGCUGGGGGGGUCGCGGCACCCCCUUGGAUGGGACUGAUUGGUGCUGUUGGAAGCAUGACCACUGCUACGCCCAGCUGGAGACACAAGACUGCGACGUCUUGACCCAGGCCUACAGAUACAGGGUCGCACGUGGCUUGGUCAUCUGCGAACACGGGUCCCGCUGCCAGCAGCAGCUCUGCGCCUGCGACCAGAAAUUCGUCUACUGCCUGAAAAGAAACUUGAGGAGCUACAACCCUCUUUAUCAAUACUAUCCCAACUUUCUCUGCAUCUAGUCACCCUCAGAGAGCUCCUCCUGGGCCAGGAAGCUUGCUCCCCUCACUACAGCAUGGAGCUCAUCCAUGCUGCUGGGCUUCCCAGGGAGGUUCCAGGUCUGGAGUCUCGAUGGUCCCACUGGGCUUGGAGGAGCCCCACACCCACACUCUCUGGGCCACCAGAGAGUCCCAGGAGAGUGACUCAUGUCACUGGAUCAAGAAGGCCAGGGUCCCUGGCCUCCACUUGUAGGAACGCCUGCUCUGGGGCUGAAAGCUCACCCCUGACUCCAGGCUGGCUGUGUGUCCCCUCAUCCCUGAUCAGUCUUAUUUCCCCAGGAGAGUGGCUUUCCCAGGACAUGUUAACUUUUCAGUUCCACAGUCACUGCCAACUUGCAGAGAAUUUUUACCCAAGCAGAAUCAAAAGUGACCCCCAUAAUUCUGCUACAGAGAUAUUAAAUAAAAUUCCUUUUCAAGACUAACAAUAACCACA